UAUUAUACUUACUAAAAAGCAUAUAUUGAGAGUUAGCCAUGAAUCCGAUAGUCAUCUUUGUGUUCAUUUUUGUCAUCCAUUUCUUAAGCCUUUUCCACUAUGUGAUGCCUAAUAGUGUAGAUCAUGUCGCCCUCUUAGCCAUUAAGUCUCAGAUCACUCAUGACCCUCAUGGAGUCUUAAACUCUUGGAAUGACUCCUUUCCCAUUUGUCAGUGGCAGAGUGUCACUUGUGGCACCAAGCAUCUACAUCGAGUUGUUCGGUUAAAUCUUGCCGACAACAAUUUGGUGGGAACUCUAUCACCUUAUGUGGGCAAUUUAAGUUUCCUUCACCAUCUUUAUCUAGCAAACAAUAGUUUUCGAGGCCAUAUACCGCCUCAAAUCGGCCAUUUAAGAAGGUUAAGGGAGCUAGUACUAGUGAACAACUACUUUGAAGGCCAAAUCCCUGCCAACUUGUCUCACUGUUUGAGCCUCAAAAAACUUGGUUUAGCAUAUAACCAUCUUUCUGGACCCGUAUCACCUCAACUAGGCCUCCUUUCUAGCUUGGAAUAUUUAUCACUUACUCAAAACCGACUUCAGGGCGACCUGCUUAACAAGGUCGUCAUGAAUAUGACUUCCUUGCGAGCACUGUCUGCAUCUAACAAUUCCUUCGAAGGAAGCAUUCCAGACAGCAUUGGAGCAACACACACAAAUUUAUUUUCUCUUGGUAUUCAUGGCAAUGGUAUUUCAGGUACUAUUCCUCCUUCCUUCUAUAAUCUUUCUCAGCUUCGACAGAUCGAUUUAGCAUCUAAUCACCUCGAAGGGACUCUUCCCUUCGAUAUUGGGGUGCGUCUUCCUCAGCUCAUUGAGUUUUUCAUAUCUGAUAAUUCUUUCCAUGGAUUACUACCACUCUCUCUGGCAAACCUUACUCAUCUCAAGGAAUUUAGCAUCUAUUCUAACCAUUUCAUGGGCAAGAUGUUUAGUCUUAGAGAUAUGCCUAAUCUGACAUUCUUGGAGAUCGACCAUAACAAGUUGGGGUCUGGAAAAGCAGAUGAUUUAAGUUUUCUACAAACUCUUGUCAACUGUAGCAACUUACAAGAGUUGGAAUGUGCUGGUAAUAAUUUUGGUGGGAUCAUACCGGAUUCUUUAGGUAAUAUAUCCACACUAACUUCAUUAGAUCUUCAACUAAAUAGAAUUUCAGGAAGCAUUCCAUCGGGAUUAUUCAACCUCGUCAAGUUAAGGUUCUUGGAUUUGGAAGGGAAUCAAUUGACGGGAAAUCUUUCACCUCAGAUUGAAAGGCUAACUAAACUAGAAAUAUUUGCCAUUAAUAACAAUUACCUCACCGGCAAUCUUCCUCUUUCAUGGGGGAAUUUGUCACACUUGAGUAAGCUCCUUUUAUCCAACAAUAGUUUUGAAGGAACAAUACCCUUGAGUCUAGGAAACUGUACUAAUUUAUUACAUAUCUCUAUUCAUAAUAACUACCUCAGUGGAGCUCUGCCUCCUCAGCUAUUUCAUGCUUCUUCAAUGUUAGUCAACUUAAUCUUGGCUCAUAAUCAAUUACAAGGAAUUAUCCCGGUGGAAAUUGGCCGACUCACUAAUUUAGUGAUGUUGGAGAUAGCUGAAAACAACUUCUCCGGGGAGCUACCUACUACCUUGAGUAGUUGCAAUGAGCUUGAUUUACUACAUAUGGGAGGGAACUUUUUCACUGGAGAAAUCCCUGAAUCUUUCAAAUCAUUAACCAGUUUGAGUUCUUUGAAUCUUUCUCAUAACAACUUGUCUGGUCCGAUCCCCAAUUUUUUGGCCAAUUUUCCAUUGGUGGACCUAGAUUUAUCGUUUAAUAACUUUACGGGAGAGGUUCCUAGAACAGGUGUUUUUCUGAAUAUGAGUGUUUUGAAUAUCCGAGGGAAUAGCGAAAUUUGUGGAGGGAUUCCUAAUCUUCAUUUGCCAACAUGUCCACGUAAUGCUAAUCCGAAAAGAAAGAGGGAAAAAUUGUCAGUUGUCAUCGUUGUGAUCAUUGCAGUAGCUUCUUUGGUUGUUGGUGUGUCGAUAGUGUCAUUAGUAUACUUCCUACUUUGUUCAAGGAGGAAACAGAGGAAACAAUCUCGAGAAUCAGAGUUGAACUUGAAAGAGCCCUUCUCAAAAGUAUCUUAUGAUAUGCUUCUCAAAGCAACAAAUAGAUUCUCGGAAGCAAAUUUAGUGGGUGCUGGUCGUUUUGGGUCUGUUUAUAAAGGGGUCCUUGAUCCAGAAAAUAGCGUGGUUGUGGCUGUUAAAGUUAUCAGCCUUGAACAGAAAGGAGCUACCAAGACCUUCAUGGCGGAAUGUGAAGCAUUAAGAAGUAUUCGUCACAGGAACCUUCUUAAGAUUGUUACCGUCUGCUCAAGUACUGACUUUCAAGGCAAUGACUUCAAGGCUUUAGUGUAUGCAUUCAUGCCAAAUGGAAGUCUCCAUCAAUGGAUUCACGCGGAUCAACAUGACAGAACCCUAAGCCUCCUUCAAAGAGUAAACAUUGCCAUUGAUGUGGCGAGUGCACUUGAUUAUCUGCACAAUGGUUGCGAUGUUCCUAUCAUUCAUUGCGAUCUAAAACCAAGCAACAUUCUCCUCAAUGAUGACAUGGUCGCUCAUGUUGGCGACUUUGGGUUAGCAAGAUUCCAUUUACAUGUACCAGCAAAUAACAGUAGCUCAGUUGUAGUUAAAGGAACAGUUGGUUAUGCAGCUCCAGAGUAUGGCCUUGGAAGCAUAGUUUCGAAAGAAGGUGACAUUUACAGUUACGGCAUUGUGUUGAUUGAGAUGAUGACUUCCAAAAACCCCACUGAUAUGAUGUUCGAAGGAGGUUUAGCCAUUCAUAAGUACGCUAAAUCAGCAACAUUCUCUAAUCAAUUGAUAGACAUCAUUGAUCCAAGGCUCCUAGAGGAUGGUGCUGGUACUAGUGAAGUAAAUGAAGAACAAAUUCUGGCAGAAAUAGACAGGAAAAUGAAGUGCAUAAGGUGUGUCAUUGAAAUCGGAGUGAAAUGUUCAGUUGAGUCACCACAAGAUCGAAUGCGGAUCGAAGAUGCUGUCAGAGACUUGCAAGUAACAAGGGACAUUCUCCUUAAGAACCAUACAGAUCAUCCGUGAUAGGCGCUUCUAGAUACAUACUACAUAUUUUUACGUAUUCCCUGUUGUAAAGGCAAAAUGCAAACUGUUUUAAGUAACACUUAAACUAAUCAAGUGAUUAAUCA